CAUUCCUACAAUUGACCAUUGAUUCCCAUCAAACAAAGAUCGGCCAUCGUUCUUCAUCGUCCACCCCUCUCUCUCUCUCUAGAAAGCCAUGAAACUAUCGUUCUCUCUCUCUACAAAACCAUCUUCGAAGCAGCAAUCGAACCUCAAACCCUCGGGGAACUUCAAGGACGAAAAAUCGACUACCGAAAAAGAAUACCUCACAAAUUUCUCGGCCCCCAACAAAGAAUUCGUCACUGAAUUUGACCCCUCUAAAACCCUAACUGAUGCCCAACAAUCGAAGAAGUUCGUGAUCCCCCCGAAGCCCAACGAAUGGAGACCCUUCAAGAAGAUGAAAAACCUCGACCUCCCGGUCCGAUCGGAUGGUCCUGAUCUUAGCUUCGAGGUCGAGGCCCCCUCUUCAGCCGAAACCCUAGAUUCGAGCAUAUCGUUCGGCUUAAAUCUAAGACAGUCCAAGGAGGACGAUGAAGAUAAUAAGAAAUUGGAAUCCACUGAUCUGCCAAAAUCUGACCCUAUAGAGAGAGUGAUGUUGCAGAAACUGAAGAAUGAUUUGAAGAGAUUGCCGGAUGAUCGCGGAUUCGAAGAGUUUGAAGAUGUGCCGGUGGAGGGUUUCGGAGCGGCGUUGCUAGCUGGGUAUGGUUGGUAUGAAGGUAGAGGUAUUGGGAAGAAUGCGAAGGAGGAUGUGAAGGUGGUGCAGUAUGAGAGGCGAACUGCGAAGGAAGGGUUAGGGUUUAUUAGUGAUAUGCAUACUGAUGAUGGUACCAAGAAGAAAGAGAAGGAACGAGAAGGAGGGCGUCAUAAUGUGGGUAGAGAUGUUAGAAUUGUUGGUGGCAGACAUGUGGGGUUGAAGGGUAGGAUUGUAGAGAUAAUGGGAAGUGAUGAAACAGUAGUUUUGAAGCUUUCAAGGAGUGAAGCAGAAGUGACGGUGGGUGUUAGUGACAUUGCAGACUUGGGUUCUGUGGAGGAAGAGAGGUGCUUGAAGAAGUUGAAAGAGUUAAAGGUUCAAGGGGCUAAAGAUGAAAUGGGUGGUAGCAGUACACGAAGGGUUAAAGAUUCGUCAAGCAGGCGGAGUCAUAGGGGAAGUAGGGAUGAGGAAAAUCAAGAUAAGAAGAAACAGAGUAGACGGAGUGGAGAAGAAAGAGGUAAUCGAAGAGAAGAAGAGAGGACAACUCAAGUAUCCUGGCUUACUAGUCAUAUUAGGGUUAGAAUUAUUAGCAAAGAGUUGAAAGGAGGAAGAUUGUAUUUGAAAAAAGGCGAGAUUGUGGAUGUGGUCGGACCAACAACCUGUGAUAUAUCUAUGGACGAUUCGAGGGAGUUAAUACAAGGUGUGCGCCAAGACCUUCUUGAGACUGCGCUGCCUCGGCGUGGAGGCCCAGUUCUUAUUUUGUAUGGUAAACAUAAGGGUGUCUAUGGAAACCUAGUUGAAAAGGAUUCUGAAAAUGAUACUGGUGUUGUCCGGGAUGCUGAUAGCCAUGAGUUGCUCAACGUGCGGCUUGAACAAAUUUCCGAAUAUAUUGGGGAUCCAAGCUACAUUGGAUACUGAUUUCUGUGUGGUGGUAGCUGUUUUUGUAAGCUACAGCAAAUUGGAUCACUCCUGUCUAAGAGAUGCCUGAUGUGUCCACCCCAUGGUUUCUGUUUGCUCACAAAGAAGAGCUGCUUCUUUUCAAAUCAUCAAUAUUUCAUAAAUUCCCUUUGUAGACCAUUUUAGUGAUCAACUUCAAUAUAUUUUGUCGACUCUGUAUGCUCUUUGUAUUAUCCAGUUCCGUCAGUUUUUUUUUUUGGACGGUUCCUUCGGCUUAUAUUGAAUUAACUAAAUGGUAGAUUCCAGACAAGAUAUAAUGAAAUUUGGUCCAUAUAAGAAAUGCCAAGUAGCAUUUCCAAAAAGAUCUGUUGUACGGGGAUGAUUUCUGUUAUUGAUAGCAUUUGGAUUGGCUCUA